AUGAGUACGACGACUGCUACUGCUACUGCUACCCACCCGACACCGGUCGCCGACGCCAUUGUCCAAAACUUGCAUCGCGCGUUCUCACCGCUGUCGCAUUUGGAAAUCCGGAACGAAUCGCACCGACACAACGUUCCACCCCAUUCGGAAACGCACUUUCAAGUCGUCGUCGUUGCCGAACGUUUCAACGACGUCCCGUCACUCGUACAGCGACACCGACUGGUCAACGAAGCACUCGCCCCGCAACUCGCCGGACCGGUCCACGCUCUUUCCAUCGUUGCCAAAACACCGGCCCAGUGGCAAGCCAUGGGGGAACAGGGACAGGCUGUUCCCGCCACUCCCAAGUGUCGGGGUGGGGAUGGAACUUUUGCCACCCGAACGUAG